CACGCGCCUAAUGAUUGUUCUAAAAAGAAAGGAGGUCACAAUUAUUCAACUUGAAAAUAAAGAAAUGAGAAAAAAACACGUCAGAAAAAACAUGUCGGCUUGGAUGUCACCGCAUACAAACAGGGUGCAUGUUAAAAAGAAAACAUGGAGGACUCCGGCUACAUUUCAAAAAUCAUUAAAAGUCACGUUGGUAAUGGGACAGAUUUUUUCACUAUUACCAGUUGUAGGUAUAUGUAGUGAUGAUCCAAUGAAUGUAAGAUUUGUUUAUACGUCUUGGAAAUGCUUCUACUCAACAUUUUCAAUACUUGGCCAGAUUUAUAUGGCCCUAAUGUGUGUUUAUAAUUUUUCAUUAUUCCUUACAUCGUUGAACAAUGUAGCACCAUUAAUCUUCUAUACAACAUCAUGUAUCACCAUGAUCAUGUUCUAUGACGCAGCAAGAGCAUGGCCAACUCUGGUACAGCACAUAGCGCACACUGAACUCAUUGACCCUAAUUAUGAUAAGAAACUGACCAUAAAGUGUAACAUUACAUGUGCUGUAGUACUAACGUUGGCUUUGUUAGAACAUACCCUAUCUCUUCUGUCAAAAUUUGCCGCAGCCUCAGUGUGUUACCCUGACGAGAGUGUCUACGAAGGCUUUAUUAAGCACUCCUUCCCUUCAAUCUUUCAAGUACUGCCAUAUUCAACUGCGUUGGGAGUACUUACACAGUUUCUGCACUUUCAAUCGACGUUUAUUUGGAAUUUCUCCGAUUUGUUCGUGAUAUGCAUGAGUUAUUAUUUGACGUCACGUCUCGAGCAUGUAAACGAGAGAUUGCUGGAAGCGCAAGGGAAGUACCUACCAGAGACGUUUUGGCGGACGACCCGUGAGGAUUACUGCAGAGCGACCAAGUUGGUGAGGAAGGUGGAUGAUGUUAUCAGCGGAAUCGUGUUCAUGUCGUUUGCUAACAACCUAAUCUUUGUCUGCUUACAGCUGUUCAACACAUUGGAAGAUGGUAUUAAAGGUAAAGGUGAAUGCAGUAGCCGAACUAAAGGAACUCCAUUACUGGGUGGUUAUGAAGCAGCGAUAUACUUUGUGUUCUCCCUGAUAUUUCUGAUAAGUCGUUCAGUGGCUGUGUCACUUAUAGCGGCUCAAGUCAACACCGCCUCUGAAGUACCCGUUCCUGUACUGUACGAUGUACCUUCACCGGCUUACUGUGUCGAGGUACAAAGGUUUAUAGAUCAAGUGAACGGAGAUAAUGUAGCACUGAGUGGUUUAAAAUUCUUCAGUGUUACGAGAAGUUUACUAUUGUCGGUUGCCGGCACUAUUGUCACUUACGAAUUAGUGAUGUUCCAGUUCAACUCCCCGUCAACAACUAGUACGACAUCGACUGUGCAACCUAAUACCACUACUAUAGCACCUUAAUAUUAUUUUUUAUUUACGUAUGGGGUCAGCCAAGCUAAGCUAAGCCAUUACACGUCGACCCAUUGGGACCUUUUGUUCUCCUCUUUACCUUAUACUAUCAUUUUAUAGAUCGUAUGUGGUACCUUUGCGAUAUCCGGCGGUUUAAGAUAUCAAUCGUUUCCUAACUCUGGUUAAGACGUUUCCAGUAGACUAUAUGCUGUCGCCUGUAUAUGCUAGUUGCCAAGGAAUAACAGUUGAAGAUCAGGUGUUCCAUGGAUUCCGAUUCGUUACUGCACAAUUUGCACAGUGUGUCCGAAGAUAGGCCCAUCUUGUAUAGUAUAUGCCUUACGAGUACUGACAUAUAUCCAGUUAAGGCACUCAUUAUGAAUCUUGCCUAUUGUGUACCACCACUGCAGUUCGAGUUUAUUCUAUCCCUCUUGUCGUUUAAAAACUUUUUAAAAUGCCUGAGACCCUUCAAUUUUCUCCAUUUCUUAUACCGUUUUAUUUUCGCAUAUUGUUCAAGGGCAUAAUUAAUGACACUUGAUGUAAGUGUUUAUUUAUAUACCACCUGGACCUAUCAUUUUUAAUGUUAUAUAAUUAAUAACGCUCAGGCUGUGGAAUGAGCUCCUUGC